AAAGCUGGAAGAGUGCAGACAAGAUUUCAAGCUGGAUUAAAUAAGUGUCAUGUCCUAAACAAAGCUGAAUUUUGUGUGUUUAUGCGUAAUGAUGUUCAUGGUUGUCCUUGAGCGCUGAAAAGCUAAGAUUAGUGAAUGUGAGUUGAUUGACAGUUUGGUUGCCAUCAGUUGUGUAGUGUUUAUAUAAUCGAAUAACACACUCCAUUUACUCCUAUGGCUCACCAGUUAAUCUUGAUUUAUGUGGUGGCUCUUUUGCUGGUUAACAGAGUUGCGUUGUUCAGUUAUUUAAUGUAGCUUUUAUUGGAUCUUUUUAGGCCAGAUCUAAUGUCUCCGAGGAAUGGGUCAAGUGUUUCCCCUCUGUAGGUGCAACUCGAAAGGAUUUUUCAGCAAGUGUUCUGAAUUUGGAUUUACAACCACAAGGAAUUUUUUAUCCCAGACAAAGAGGAAAAGAAAUGAAUAGCCAGUCUGGUCUUUGAGGAGUUACAUCAGUACCAUAUCCUGUUCAGCCUAAUGUAUUAAUGGCUGGCUUUUGUUUGUGGAUGCAUAUGGUUCGCUCAUAAAAGAAAGGAAUGUAUUCAUGGAUCACACCUUGAUGAAACAACUUAUUUCACCAUGGUGAAACUGGCCAAUCCCCUGUACACAGAGUGGAUUCUUGAGGCUAUUCAGAAGAUCAAAAGGCAGAAGCAGCGACCUUCAGAGGAGCGGAUAUGCCAUGCUGUCUCAACCUCACAUGGACUAGACAAGGGUGUCGUGCUCCAGCAGCUGGAGCUAGCUGUGAAGGAUGGAUCCAUCCUUAAGGUUACCAGCAAAGGGUGCGCUUCAUACAAAGACCCGGAUAACCCGGGGAGGAUUGUGCCUCUCAAGCCUGUAGGCCCUGCCGCCGUCUUGGUUGGAUCCGUGUUACCUGCAGGAGAUCUGAGACAUGUGGAUUGGAAUAAAGUCCUUAGGAGGGCUAUCGAGGGUCUGGCUGUCCCUGCUGGCUCCUCUCUAAGGAACAUCGAGAGAUUCCUCAGAAGCCAGAGCAACUUGGUGAAUGUUGUGGCGAACCCCAGGUUCCAGCAGAGGCUAAGGCUAGCUGCUAAACGGGCGGUAAACAAUGGUCGGCUGCUAAAGGAUGGUCCGCUCUACAGGAUGAACAGUGGUGGACUGGGAGGUAAAGCUUGCUUCAGGAGCCUGGGGGCCUUUGGUGUGGAACUCCCACCUGUAACACUACUCCCUCACGAGAAAGACCAGCCACGUGCUGACCCCAUACCCAUAUGCAGCUUCUGUUUGGGCACAAAGGAGUCCAAUCGAGAUAAGAGGCCAGAGGAGCUGCUGUCCUGUGCCGACUGUGGGAGCAGCGGCCAUCCAUCAUGUCUGAAGUUCUCCGCUGAUUUGACUGGGAAUGUCAAGGCUCUGCGGUGGCAAUGCAUUGAAUGCAAAACAUGCAGUUCCUGUCAGAUUCAGGGGAAGAAUGCUGAUGAGAUGCUCUUCUGUGACUCCUGUGACAGGGGUUUCCAUAUGGAGUGUUGUGACCCACCGCUCUCCAGAAUGCCAAAAGGAAUGUGGAUCUGCCAAGUAUGCAGGCCAAAAGAGCAGGAGGAAAAACGGUUGCUACACAAGACAGCGGCCCAGAUCAAAAGGCGAUAUGCAAAGCCAGGAAGGCCAAGAAAAAAUCUAGCACAUCCAGCAAUGUCUGACAGUGGUGGUCCAGGAUCCAUUGAGCUGUCUGACAAAGAACGCCAUGGUAGGGGUUCCAUAAGCACUUUCUGUACCCCUCCCUCAUCAAGCACCUUUAUACCCACCACAGAUGGCAGAAGUCCCACUGACCCCCUCACAUCCACACCCACCUUCACCAAGUUGCCCCCAUUCAACAAGAAAACCAAAGGUCUCAUUGACGGGCUUUCCAAAUUUUUCACGCCAUCGCCCUUGGGUCGACGGUUGCGCGCAGAGGUGUCGGGCUCCACAAAUCAGCACAGGCAGAGGAAACGUGGCUAUCGGAAACGGCGAUUUGAACCCCAUUCCAGCUCGACAGCGCCAGGUGUGAGGUUAAAUGCCCCAUCUAGCGUUCUCCUUACCCCCUCCCCUUCACAAGGACACAGCCCCAUCUCACUGAACCCCACCCAGUCGUCCUCACCCUCUUCUGCCCAUUCCCCGCACAGCUCCUCCUCCCAGUCUAGUGGCCCCUCCCUCAGCAGCCUCCCAGGCAACAACCAGCUGAAGGGACUCUUUGAUGGACUGUCUCACAUCUUUACCACUCAGGGACAGUCCCGACAAAAGGGACUGCCCAGUUACGCACCACCCAAGCGUGUGCGGCGCACCCAGGACACUUCCACCUCACCCAAAACGUCCCUACAGCUUGAAGGGAAAAAGCCCGUCAAGGGUUUCAUGAGUAAAUUAGCAUCCCUGUCCAAUUCGUCUUCAGGAUGGCCACCCAAACGGGGCCGACCAUUUAAGUCGGCGCUCCAUUUCAAACGAACUCCCUUCUUGAGAAAGCACAAACUGCUAGGCAGGUUUAGGUUUAAGGCCUCCCCGCAGAGGGAGCACACCACACCAGGGAAGGGCAGAUUGGCAGAUGGAAGAGUUAAACCUGACCUUAACCAUGCUUUUACAGCAGAGAGAUGCUCAGGGAGAGAGCCACAUGAAGGAAGGAUGACAUUACUAAAUGACCACGUGGCUGAAGAAGAUCUGAAAUUGUUCAGACACAUCAAGGAGCUUACAGCAAAGAAAUCCGGCGGCGAUCAAGGACAAUCCCCUCCCUUGAUUGAGUUUGGGAAAUAUGAAAUACAAACCUGGUAUUCCUCACCCUACCCUCCAGAAUACUUGAGAUUACCGAAGCUUUAUCUGUGCGAGUUCUGCUUAAAGUACAUGAAAAGCCUGGACAUUCUGCAGAGGCAUUCAAAGAAAUGUGGGUGGUUUCACCCACCUGCUAAUGAGAUCUACAGGAAGGAUAACCUUUCUGUGUUUGAGGUUGAUGGAAAUAGCAGCAAGAUUUUCUGCCAAAACCUUUGUUUGCUUGCAAAGCUUUUUCUGGACCACAAGACUCUAUAUUAUGAUGUGGAGCCUUUUCUUUUCUAUGUUCUAACACAGCAUGACGAGAAGGGCUGUCAUCUUGUUGGAUACUUCUCAAAGGAAAAGCUUUGCCAGCAGAAGUACAAUGUCUCCUGCAUAAUGAUCAUGCCUCAUUACCAAAGGCAAGGAUUUGGGAGGUUCCUCAUUGAUUUCAGUUACUUACUUUCCAGACUGGAGGGCCAGGCUGGCUCCCCAGAGAAGCCUCUAUCUGAUCUGGGUCGUCUGUCCUACUUGGCUUAUUGGAAAAGUGUCAUACUGGAGUACAUGCACAACCACCCAGAUAAAAGUGUCAGCAUCAGGGGAAUGAGCCGUGCCACGGGCAUGUGUCCACAUGACAUCGCUACCACACUUCAACAGCUCAACAUGAUUGAUUUCCAGAAUGGCAGGUUUGUGAUCAUCCAAAGAUGUCAGAUGAUCCAAGAACACAUGGAAAGAUUGAGAGAGAAUCCUAGACUUCAUGAGGUUGACCCUGAUUACCUGAGAUGGACUCCAGUUUCAGUCUGCAGAAGCCCAUCAUUGGAGCUCCAGAGGGCUGGGGCACAGGCAGGAGAGCGUGCAGACUGCAGUGCGUCGAGCAUGAAUUUGGCAACAGGGAUGGGUUACACCAGCAGAAGACCUCCACUAACCAAGUGCAAGAACUUCAGCAGAAGAUACUCCUAUACACUCUUUGCAAAUAAUGCUGGUAAAGAUUUAGAAGUGUGCGAGGAAAGCAGCAGUGAUGAUGAAGAGGAUGAUGAUGAAGAUGACAAAGACAUCGAUGCAAUCAAAUCCCAGUCUGGGCAUGGGCUCAAGAGAAAGCGGGCACCAACUCUGCGACGGAAGAGAGGGCGAAGGAGAACACGAAUCAACAGCAGUGUUACCACAGAGACCAUCUCAGAAAGAACAGAGGUGCUAGAUGAGCCAUUUGAAAACUCUGAUGUAGAAAGCCCUCUACCACAACCCAGCAGGAGGGGCGGCAGUGAGGAUGAGGAAGAGGGGAAGAGCCAGAGAGUAGCCGUACGUCGGCCUGGAAGACCAAGGAGACAAAGAGAUGACAAUCACUCAAAUCAGUCUAAAGGAGGGAAUGUGGAAGGCUUUUCUGAAGCAGUGAAAAAGGACAAUCCUCGACCUGUAAAACGGAAGAAAGGCUGGCCCAAAGGUGUCAAACGAGGCCCUCCCAAAUGGAGACUGAAGGAGCGCAAAAUGGGCUUUAAGCUCAACCUCUACACACCUCCUGAAACGCCAAUGGUCACAGUGGAACAAGAGCAAGAGGAGGAGCAGGUUGCCAGCCCUGCUUCCUUCUCAGAGCCAUGCGAGUCUAUCAGAGACCUCAGACCAAGAGACCCAGAGCUGGACCCCUGCGUUUCAGAGGCCCACAGCCCCGACCCGGACCCUUGCGUUUCAGAGGCCCACAGCCCCGACCCACUCGAAUCUCACACAGGGAAAGAGGAUGAGUCGACAGACAAGUCUGACACUGUAGAAAAUUCUCCCUGUGGUGAUGAGACCAAUGAGACAACACCAGAUCCAGUGGACGAUACGGAACAGUCAGCUGAGAAUACGGAGGAAGUCAAGGACCUGAAACCAGAGGGUAAAGAGGAAAGCAGGGUUGAUAAGGGCUCUGGGGAACGAGAUGAGGAAGAGGAUGAGGACGAAGAACCAGAACCAACUCAUGUGGACGAUCACGAUGCAGAUGAUGAAGAUGAUAGCCACGAGCAGAGAAUGGAGGACCCUGAGCCAAUACCAGAAAGAGACCUUACUGAAGACUCUGAGCCAGUUUCAACUAUAAGUAAUAAUAAUAAAGAUACUGAAGAACAGACAAGCCCUGUAGAUGCACCUCUUCAGUGCUCAACAGAGAUUGCGUCUGAAAGUGUGUGCAGCUUGGAUACACAACAGGCUGACACUGUGGACUCUGAUCAUCCUCCAGACUCAGAAUCAGAGGAAGAGGAUAACAUUCAGAAGCCUGAUGAAAAGCAUAUGGGCCCCUUGACCCCUGCAAUAAAGGAGGAUCAUAACAUCUGCCCUGAGAUUGACAUGGAGACCGCCCAGGCAGUGCAGUCUCUGACUCAAGAGUCUGAGCAGGAGAGGCACUUCCAGGACUGUGUGGAGACCCAGGAGGCCUGCCACAGCCUACAGAGAUAUGUGCAUGUUGAGCAGAGUCCCGUGGAUGACUGCCAGCAGUCAGAUCACAGCAGCCCUCUGUCUUCUGUCCAUUCUCACCCGAGCCAGUCUGUUCGAUCAGUCAACAGUCCAGCCGUGUCCAUUUUAGAAAGCGGGUACACACAGAUAAGCCCCGAUCAGGGCACUGUCUCUGUGCACUCGCUUCAUAAUAACAUGGAGACCAGCCCAAUAAUGGAUGUCCCCUCGGUUUCGGACCACUCUCAGCAGGUGGUGGACAGCGGCUUCAGUGACCUGGGCAGCAUCGAGAGCACCACUGAGAAUUAUGAGAAUCCCAGCAGUUAUGACUCCACGCUUGGCAACAGCAUUUGUGGCACGGGAGCAGGAGCGGGCACAUCCUCCCAGAGCAGCUGUUCCUUUGGCAACCUCUCUUCUGGUGGCAGCCACAGUCAGAGCAGCUGUGCCGUGUCCCAGCAGAUGGCCGGUCCUGUGGUGAACAAUACUGGCACUUGCAGCAUGCUCCAGCAAACCAGCAUGAGCUCCCCUCAGCGAUGCAGUGUGAAGUCUCCACAAGGUUGUGUGCCUGAGAGGCAGCCCAGCCAUCCACAUGGGCAUGGGCACGGGCAUGGACAUGGGCAUGGACUUAGCCACACUCAUCACCACAGCCAUCACCAGCACCACCCACAUCAUCAACAUCACCAACAUCCACAACAUCAGUACCAGCAACCUCUGUCGCACUGCUCCAUGUCCGCCAGCUUCGCUCCACCCAUGCAACUCCCUGACAUCCCAGAAUCAAACAACCCCUCCACCAACCUGGGCCUGUAUGACCGGAUGGGCCAGGGAGAGUAUGGAGGAGGACACUACGGCCAGCCCUCAGCUACUUUCAGCCUGGCUAAACUCCAGCAGCUCACCAACACACUUAUGGACCACCCCUUGCCCUUUAACCAUUCUGCCUCGCACUCCAUCACAUCCUAUGCAAACAACAACGGCUCGUUGUCCACACAGCUCGGUCCUCACAAUCCUGCGCUGGUGUCGCUGUCUCAACAGCACUCGGUCACUGGACCUCAGUCGCAGGCUACUGUGACUCCUCCCCCUAACAUGACCCCACCCCCCAUGAUGCUGCAGCGCAAUAUGGCUACACCCAACAUGAACUUGGCCCCCUCCCAGAGACUACAAACACAAAUGGCCCCCAAGAAUCACCACCAUCACCCUGUGUCCAUUCGCUCCAAGUCAUCCCCUCUGCCACCCCACCACCAGCAGCAGAUGUACGGUAGGGGUCCUCAGACUGUAGCCAUGCAGGCUCCUGGUAGGACACUGACUAUGCCGUCGCGGAUGAACAUGGGGGUCAACCUCAUGCCCGCACCAGCUUACAACGUCAACUCAAUGAACGUAAACGUCAAUAUGGCACCUCUUAACACAAUGAACACUUAUAGAGUGACACAGCCCAUGAUGAAUGGGGGCUACCAUGGCAAUCAUACUUAUAUGAAUCAAUCUCCACAGUACUCUAUGCAGAUGGGCAUGAUGGGUACUCAGCCUUACCCACAGCAGCCCAUGCAGGCCCCUCCACAUGGCAAUAUGAUGUACAGUCCAGCAGGUCAUCAUGGUUAUGUGAAUACUGGCAUGUCCAAACAACCCUUAAAUGGGCCUUAUAUGAGACGAUAAUCAUUGACCUGAAAAUGAAAGGGUAGUGAUGUUGACUUGAGGUAUUUUGGUUUCUUUCUUUCCUUGUUAAUGUUCGCUUUUAUGGAUCUUUCUGAAAGAACCAGCACUUGGUAAGAAUGCAAAAAAGUUUUGUUUAUUGGCAAAAUUUUAGAUUUUUCCCCUAUUUAUGGGAAGCCUUACAGCAUAAGAUUUAAAAAUGUAACAUUUGUGUAAGUGUAAAUCUCCCCCCAAACUGCAUUGCAGUUUCAUGGAGAUUACAUUUUCUUUAAGUUGGAACCUGCAUUAUGGAACCUUUAAAUGUGCCUGCAUUGUUUUUGGACAAAAGAGCCUUUUCAAUGUACCUUUAGCAAUCGCAAGGUUAUACAUGUAAGUCUGUACUCAUGUCGUCAUAUUAUUUAAAUUAUUGUAAAUCAACUUUUAUAUUUUUUUAAAUGUAAGGUUAUACUAGGCAUGCUAUAACGUCUUUGUUAGUGACAGUGCAUCAGAGUAGUACUGUACAGUGUUGUGCUUAAUAGCAAGCAAUUUUAUAUUCAAUGUAUGGCCUUGGUAAGGUUUUCCUCAUAUGGAAGGAAAAAAUGAAAUUAUAUUUUGGUUGAUUCUAAUACUGUAAAGAUUUGAAACAUCAUCAUGUUCGGCUUGGAAGGUUCUAUUGCGAAUUGUGUAUAAUUUGUUACUUUAGAACAAGUUUCUUUACCUGAGGCAGCUUUCUGUUUUUAUACAAUUUUAAAGCAAUUUCUGUCACAAUAGCAAAGAACAGUAAAUGUCAGUAUUUGUACAUGUAGAAAUCUAAAUCAAUGGGGGAAAACAUUUCAUGGGGCAGAGUUGCAAAAUUAUUAUUAUGAGUGUCAAUUUACUCCAAAGUCUGUCUUUUAUGAAAUGCCUUUAAACUUACAUUUUCAUUCCAUCUGUAGAUUUUUUUUAUCUUUAUAAAACAUCUGAUUUAUAUUUUACUGAAAUGUAGAACAGUAGCCUUGUUGAUAGACAAAACAGAUGGCAUGUAAAAAGGUAAAUUGUAUCUGUGUCUGUUUGUAUAGCUUAUUUUGUAGCCUUUGUACCUGUACAGAAUGGCAGUUUGACGUAAGAGGGAUAUCCUGACUGUACUAAUUAACAGAGCAACAGUCCUGUAUAUAUGAGUUACCUUUUUAAUCGGUCACUUAAAUGCUGUACAUUUUAGCAGAAAAUAAAUUAUGAUGAGCCACUGACAGACUUAAAA